CCUGAGCUCCACCCGACGGCAAACUCUCUCUUUCCUUCCAGCUUCCUUCCAGCUCACACUUUCUCCUUUGCUGCCAGCACUCAGCAACAGCAGCUGUUCCAGAAGAUCUCCGCUGGGCAUCCAGGCACUGGCACCGAAGAUAAAUCCAGAGGCCCAGCAGUUACACCGUGGGCACCAUGUCGGAGCGCUUUGACUGCCACUACUGCCGUGACCCUUUGCAUGGGAAGAAAUACGUCCAGAAGGAAGGCCGCCACUGUUGCGUCAAGUGCUUCGAGAAGUUCUGUGCCAACACCUGCGCAGAAUGCCGGAAACCGAUUGGGGCUGACACCAAGGAGCUGCAUUUCAAGAACCGCUACUGGCACGAGAACUGUUUCCGCUGCUUCAAGUGCUACACAUCCCUGGUGAACGAGCCCUUCAUGCUGAAGGAGAACAACAAGGUCUGGUGCAACAAGUGCACUACCAAUGAGGAGGCACCCCGCUGCAAAGGUUGCCUGAAGCCCAUCGUUUCAGGCGAUCAGAACGUGGAGUACAAGAAGACCGUUUGGCACAAGGACUGCUUCACUUGCAACCAGUGCAAGCAGGUGAUCGGCACAGCCAGCUUCUUCCCCAAAGGGGACGAGAUCUACUGCGUCACCUGCCAUGAGCAUAAAUUUGCCAAGACCUGUGUGAAGUGCAAGAAUCCCAUCACCUCUGGCGGAGUCGCCUACCAGGAUCGUCCUUACCACGCCGAGUGCUUUGUGUGUGCCACCUGCACGAAGAAGCUGGGCGGGCAACGCUUCACGGCCGUGGAGGACCAGUUCUACUGUGUGGAUUGCUACAAGUCCUUUGUGGCCAAGAAGUGCAGCGGCUGCAAGAACCCCAUUACGGGCUUUGGAAAAGGCACCAACGUGGUCAGCCACGAAGGCCAAUCGUGGCACGAUUACUGUUUCAACUGCAAGAAGUGCUCCAUCCCUCUGGCUAACAAGCCCUUUGUCUACCAUGCUGAGCAAGUUUACUGCCCUGCUUGCGCCAAGAAGCUGUAAGAAGGAGAAGAGCAAGCACUGAUUCUACAGAAUUGAUUUUGAACCUUGUGCCAACUUCUUACUUGGCUGUAUGAUUUUACAUUUUAGGUCCUUGCCUCCCCAAGUUUGCUUUCUUGAGAGUGCAAAGCACUCUCUAUUCCCUCCAUCCCUUUCCCUCCAUCCCCUCUCUAUUCCCUCCAUCCCCUUCCUUCUGCAGAUGAUGUUAAAUAAAAACAGCUGCCACUAACCUUGCUUUCUUGACAACCUUGAGGCCAGCUGAUCUUUUUAGGGCCUUGCAUAACCAAAUAUGCUUCCUUUGUAGGGUACUAACUGGUGGGUGUCCAAUAACAUGAGGGUGAACUCACAUGGCUGCUGUAAAGAGUGUUUGGCUUUCCCUUUAUGGUUUAGCCUCACUGAACCAAGCCCUGGAAUUGAGUUUCGGUCUUGCAUCAAAUAUUAAUAAUUUUAAAUGGAUUUUUUAAAAAAAUGUAAAAGCAGGUUUUUCUUCUUAUGUGCAUUUGCCAUUUUCCUUUAACCGCUGUUGCCCCUUUAUGGUAUCCACCACCAUACAUCCUUUUCAUAGAAGCAUAACAUUUUCUGCACCUUGUUUUGAAACCUUCCUGUCCCAUUGAAAAGAUUAUGCUACUUCCUAACUCUAGAACCUCCCCGUUUUUAGAACAAAUCUUCUCUAGUUUUGCUAAUUAAAUCUCAUCUCAGCUUUUAUAGAAAGUGGGUCUUUUCUAUUUCAUGGUGCUCACUUCCCCAAAAUUCACUUUUUGGGGGGACUAUCCAUUUGGAGAUUCUUUCUUGUUUUAUGAGACCAGGCUUCCUUUACAGUUUCAGAUGUUUCCUUGUUAGGCUCUCUGUCCUUGAGAGCAUGGUAGGCAAAAUUUCACAACUCUGUCUCUUCACAAUUGUUAGGUGUGACAGAAAAAAUAGUUAUAUCUUAUCUGGGGUGAAAAAGAAGUGGCCAUUUGACUCCACCCUGCAAUUAGUGGUUUUUGAGAAAGGUUUGGUGCUUCUCUUAAAUACGCAUUCAUCAUAAUUCAUAUGUGACAAUAUUAAACUUUUCAUUUACUAUUAAAACAGAGAAUGUAGCUGAAUAUGUAAUACAUGGCUUCUUUUUACCAGUGUUUAACUUUCCGGCUUGGCCACUGCUGACUUUAGAAUAAGCCUUCCUUAAGUACAUUUAAGAACCAACCAUAAUCCUUUUAAGUUUGCUGGAUCGUAAAAGCAGUUCACCUGACCACUAGCUUUUAUACCUUACGACGGAAAUAAUGGCCAUUUGUGUACACUUCUGCCAUUCAUUUCCUGCACAGGACGAAUUCUUUGUGAAGCCUGUUGCAAAUACGAGUUCCAUGUACAAGUAAAGGAUGGUGCGGUUACAACUCUUGUGUUACGCCAGAGCAUCUUCUCUAAUAAACAGGAACUACUGCUUGUCUGGA